AUGUGGAUUCUGCAGCUUGCCAUCCUGGCCUUGGGGGAUGAUGUGGUUCCAGACGCUUGUGAUGAAAUUGAAUUCUUGCAAACACCGCCUCUGCCUUUGCCGCCAUUGAAGUUGGAGCCUCAGGCGUCGGAUGAGCCGAGCUUGUGGAGCUUGAGCAACCCCAACCCCAGCAUCUUCGAGUGGCGCCAUACUGGCUACUGGAGUGUGGAUCGCGUUGCGGCGCGCCAUAUCGAGGUCAGAAAAAGCGCCGUCACCAAGCUAUGCAGUGAAGAGGAGAAAAAACAGAAGAUUGACGAAUUCUCUGAUCUGACAGAGAGCGACUUCCGGACUAUCAAGAUCGGCUACUUGAAGGUUCCCCUUGGCUACGACAAGACAAAGCCAGCCUCGAACAUCACACUUCAGCUUCGCGUGUCUGCGAUGAUUGGUGCUGCUGGCCCUGAUGCUCCACUGCUUCUCCAACACAAUGGUGGGCCCGUGACGGACGAUUAUGGCCCCCUUAGAUCUGGAUGGUUUGGCCUCGAAAAAAAUCCUCUUUAUGAAGGUAUCGAUCAGAAGUACACGCUGCUUGGAAUUCAGCAGCUGGCAGCAGGGCAUGUCGGACAGUAG